AAAAAAAAUGUCAACAAUCAAUGAUUCGCUAAAAGGACACAUUUUGAACGGAGUCUGGCUCCGCGCUGCACAUAAAUGAUCAGUUUAAAAGUUACCUUAGCAGUUGGGCGGUCACGUGACGUCACGUAAACAUGGCGGAGUGCAGCUGCUGUACUGUCAGUGUAAACAAACAUGUCAAUCCAUUUUAAAGACUUUAAAGUUCGCAGUUGUAUGCGCUUGUCUCGCAACAUGACACUGAAAUCUGCUGCACUGACGGAAUCGUGCACUCAGUUAACGACAGGGACUUACAGCGACAUGUUAUCGUUAGCUAAAUUAGCCCGUGUAGCUGUUAAAAGUUCGACGUGUUGGUUUCUUCACUUGUGUCUUUUCGAGCUGGACGGCUGGACACAGACAGGUCUGGACUCUCGUGUGGCGUUUAGAUGGACGUAUGGCGUUUAAAGUAGUGCAACAGCAUGAUAUCAUUCGCAACUACAAUGACUACAGCUUGAAGCAAAUGAGCAACCUUAUGGGCAGCAGGGGACAGAAGGCAGUGGAUGAUGGAGAGCGGAGUCUCAUUGGACCUCCAUCUGAGGAGUCUCCUGAGAGUCUCCUGGACCAGAAGGCCUCCACGCCAAUUUUUGUCUACGUGUUAGCAUUUUUCUCUGCCUUGGGGGGAUUCUUGUUUGGGUAUGACACUGGAGUUGUUUCAGGGGCUAUGCUGCUCCUGAAGAAGGAGAUGAACUUGAAUGCUCUGUGGCAGGAGCUGCUGGUUUCCAGCACUGUCGGGGCAGCAGCGCUUUCUGCCCUGAGUGGAGGCUUCUUGAAUGGGUGGCUGGGGCGCAGGAUCUGUAUCCUCUUAGCCAGCUCCAUCUUCAGCGUUGGUGGUCUUAUCUUGAGUUUGGCCCCGGACAAAGUGGUCCUUCUCGUUGGCAGAAUCACGGUUGGUUUGGGCAUAGGCAUUGCUUCUAUGACUGUUCCUGUAUACAUCGCAGAAGUUUCUCCUCCUCAGUUGCGAGGUCAGCUGGUCACUAUUAAUUCCCUCUUUAUCACCGGUGGCCAGUUCAUUGCCAGUGUGGUUGAUGGAGCUUUCAGUUACAUGAUCCAUGAUGGGUGGAGGUACAUGUUGGGUCUGUCCAUCGUCCCAGCCGUGCUGCAGUUCUUCGGCUUCUUCUUCCUGCCCGAGAGCCCACGUUGGCUCCUCCAAAAGGGCCGAAACCAAGAGGCCCGACAAGUUCUCAGCCAGAUCAGAGCAGGCCAGAACGUCGACGAGGAGUACGACACCAUUAGAACCAGCAUCGAGGAAGAGGAGAAAGAGGCGGGUGGAGGAGGCCCUGUUAUUUUCCGCAUCCUCAGCCACGGUCCGACUCGCAAGGCUCUCGUAGUUGGUUGUGGCCUCCAGAUGUUCCAGCAGCUGUCUGGGAUAAAUACUGUCAUGUACUACAGUGCAACCAUUCUGCAGAUGGCGGGGGUGCGGGACGAUAAACAGGCAAUCUGGUUGGCUGCUGCAACUUCGGCUACCAACUUUGUGUUUACGUUGGUUGGAGUGUGGCUCGUGGAGAGAGUGGGUCGCAGGAAGCUGACCCUGGGCAGUCUUUUAGGUACUGGUCUGAGUCUGGCUUUGUUGGCAGUCGGGUUCUUGCUGUCUGCCCAGAACUCUCCACCUGUAACCCUUCAUCCAGUCAACUCUCAAAACUCAACCUGCAAACUCUACGGGUCCUGUGAGUUGUGCAUGCUGGAUCCAGACUGUGGCUUUUGUUACCGGGACAACGGCACCACGGUGUUCGACUCUUCCUGUGUUCCUGUCGAUCAAGCGUCCACGGAUCAUGCAGCCUGGGGAAGGUGCUCCAAUCGAACAGAGGGUCCUGACAGCUCAAUCUGGGCUUACAACUAUUGUCCCACAUCUUACUCCUGGACUGUUUUGAUGGGUCUCAUCCUCUACCUUGCAUUCUUUGCUCCAGGAAUGGGCCCGAUGCCUUGGACAGUGAACUCAGAGAUCUAUCCACUAUGGGCACGCAGCACCGGCAACGCCUGCUCAGCUGGAGUCAACUGGAUCUUCAAUGUCCUAGUGUCUCUGACUUUUCUUCAUGUCGCAGAAUUUCUGACUUAUUAUGGUGCGUUCUUCCUGUACACGGGUCUGGUGGUGUUGGGUCUCCUGUUCGUCCUGGGCUGCCUCCCAGAGACUCAGGGCCUGCAGCUGGAGGAGAUCGAGAACCUGUUCACCGGUCCUCUCUGUUCCUGUGGAGACUCCUCGCCCACCGGCCACCGCCACGUCCACUACAUCCGGGUAAAAGGCGGCAACUACCUCCCCUCUGACAACGAGGGCUCAGAUGUAGAGUAGACUGGGAAGACUUUCUCUUUCCACUCUGUUUUUCUUUUCCUGUCUUUAUGUUUAAAGAUUGGGCUCAUGUGGGGAGGACAGUACUCAUCAUUUUGCCCUCUUGUGGUUACAAUCAAACAUGGAAAAAAAGGCUUGAGCUCUCCAGUGAUUGCUCGCUUGCUGAGGCAAAUCUUUUGUCAGUCUUAUUUUUCAUGUCUUGCCUUUGUUUCAUCUGGGAGUUGGGCUGCUUUCCACUUUUUCUGUUGUACAUUCUCCUCAUUUCCCACCAUCCUGUCUGUGAUGAUAAAAACAAGACAUGUCAGUAUUAGGGUGGGAAGAGUUCAUUUGUGUCAGUAUUGCUGGGAUAAUAAAAGCCCAGGAAAGCUGAAACAAAUGGUAUUAUUCUCAAACAUAGGUACAAGAUCAUUGGGGUACAAAUGUGAUUGACUGAAGGAAAGCACCAUUUUAUAAACAACACUUUAUAUGUGUGUGUUUUUUUUUCAUUGAAAUCAGAAAUCAGGUGAACUGGUUGCUAAAUUGGGCUACACAGUGGCAUAGUGGUUAGCACUUUUGCCUUGCAGCAAGAAGAUCCCCGGUUGAAAUCCCGUUGUGAACCUGGGAUCUUUCUGCAUGGAGUUUGCAUGUUCUCCCUGAGCAUGCGUGGGUUUUCUUCGGGUACUCCGGCUUCCUCCCACAGUCCAAAACUAUGCUGAGGUUAAUUGGUUACUCUAAAUUGCCCAUAGGUGUGAAUGUAAGUGUGACUGUCUGUAUAUGUAGCCCUGUGACAGACUGGCUGCUAAAUUGGUUGCUAAAUUUCUGUUUCCUCAGCCUUUCUGUAACAUCAAGCCAAAUUCAUUUCCAGAUGGUGCAUGAUUUCGAUCUGACAUCCAUCUUUUGUACACAUUCUUACAAACUGAAUAUACCAGAGAGAAUGUGUUGUUGUUUCAUUGAUUUCUGCCAUAUUUUGACUUUUGCAUAUUUACACAUAUAAUACAUUCUUCUUAAAAUCACCAACAUGGGUUUAAUCUUUUAAUCUGCAGUGGUGUUAAACAAAACGGCUAACUGUGAGUUGCUGUUGUCUUCACUGUGUUAGAGAUUGCACUUUAAAAGCCAGAAAAGUGUCUUUAAAAAAAAAAACAAAAAACGUUUUCUAUAUUCCAAAUGACUACAACGAGUUGUCCAAUUUUUUAGCAAAGUUUGGACUCCAGCCCAGCACAAUAUGGAGCGGUGGGGUCAGACAGUGCCAUAGCCUAUAUAACUGUAAGUACUGGAUCAAGGCAUUAAAAGCAUUCAAACCUUCAGUUCUUAUGCUACAGCAGUACUAAAUAUGCCUUUUUAAUGUUCAAUUCCAUGUCCUUGUUCUUGCAGCUCAGAUAAUCAUGACCAAGUUCCCCCUGAGUAACUGAAUACACACAGCACCUUUGUACAGACUGUCCUUUUUACACUGGCUCACUUGCCAGAUCCGUGCCUGUUUACUUGAGUGAUACUGCUAGCACCUACAAGAUUUCUUCGAUCCUUUUUUUUUAAGCAGUCUUGGUUUUAUUACAAAGUAUAGGCUUUGCAGUGUUUGGAAUUUGCACAAAAUGUCCACAUGGGAACACAAAAUACUUAAUAUUUAUAGCAACAUGUUUUGUUUUUAUAGAUCCAUUUCUUUUCACAAAAUGUCUUACUGACUGAAAAAUAUGACGUCAUUUACAUUGUUUUCUACUCAAAUCAAACUAACUGACUUUCAUUCUGUGCUGUAAAUGGACAAAACAAGAGUAAUUCACUUUGUAUCGGGAAAUGUACUGCUAUUCUACCAUAUUCGGAUUCUAAUGCACUGCUAUUUCUCAAGAUGGCUUAUAAUGUACCUUCAGAUGGAUAGUGAUGGUUUUAUACUGUACUGAGAGUUUUGAGAAGAAAAACAUUUCAAGUUGAAGGAUGUUUAAAGGCCAUAGAUCAAUUUUAACACAGAGAGAAAUGAGGUGUGUUCAGUCAUAUACAUUUUGUAAAUGAAAUGCUCCUGCCGUUUAUAAAGUUACAUUCCGUAUGUUUUUUUUGUAAUGUUCUGUUCAUUCAUGUGAUAUUUUAAUAAACAUACUCGCAUCAGAGCAGUCUGGUUGGUAAAGCCAGUUCACAUGUGUAUGAGAAGCCAUUUCAGGGUCCUGCACAAACAUAGCCGAAAUAAAACUAUGACUCUCAUGUUAGCUGUGCUUUAUAUAUACACAUACAGCGCCCUCCAUAAUUAUUGACAUCCCUGGUUAAGAUGUGUUGAAAGCCUAAAAUAAAUAAAAUUUUUAUUGCAGAAGCAAACUCUCACACUGAAAACUGUAGAAAAACGUAUUAUAGGAGAAGAUUAGGUGCUUUUUUGUUGGCAGAAGGGGGCUGUACAAAGUAUUAACAUCAGGGGUGCUACUAAUUGAGGCACACAUGAUUUGACGUCAAAGAAUUAUUUCUUGAUGUGUGAUUCCCCCCCGAAUAAAUGCACUUGAAUUAAA